AUGGCUGACAGAUCGCUCAAAGAUCUGAACUACGGCCAUCCUGGUGCAGCGACCUACGACUUGGAGAACAGAGAAUGGACGUUUACUAGGCCCUACACCACACGCUCGUUCAAGCGCAUACGAACUUCGAAGGACGCGACUCCUGCGAGCAAUCAUGCGACACCGGCAUUCUCUCUCUCUGCAGAAAUCUUAGCGAGUAGGACCAGCGUACAGAAAGAGAUCAGCAACAGCAUCGAAGAACACCCUCAGCUCUCUGCAGCAGGCGAAGUCCUCUCCGAUCUAGCUGUAGUAUCUGCUGCCAUAUCAUCCACGGCUUCGAUCUACGAUCCGCUCGUCGGCGACCUACUCUCCUUCGGUUCGAUUACACCCAAGGACUACCACCGCCGACCACGCGCUUCCGCUGUCUCACCGUUCUACCGCUUACCCGCCUCCUCGAUCGAACUCCACCCUAUACUCAGCAUAAGUCAAAACGAUACUGGUGGCUUUGCUCAUGCCGACUUCACAUUCAAUCCAGACUUCCAGUUGCAGUUUGCACUCGUCGACCUGAAUCAGUCAUGGAGUGUAUGGGACAUCGAGCAUCGGCCCAUACUUGGCACGUACUCGGCUUCAUGCCUGCUUCGUGGAAAGAUCGAUGAACUGGAAGAGGACGGGGACACAACUUGCGAAGACGGUUGGGCGAGGGUUCUCUGGGUGGCUGAUACAACGACGUUGCUGGUAUGCAACAGGCGCCAUUUGAGCAUCGUCAGCAUCAAGGGCAGGACAACGUCAUACUUUCCCUGCCCAGAGCUUUUCAGUGAGCGAUCGGCAGACUGGGUCUUGGAUGUCAAGCAACACCCAAGAGAUAGAAGUCGGGUUUUCGUCUUGACCUCUACUCGUUUAUUCCUCCUUUCGGUCACUGCACCAAGUGAGCUGCUUCCGAGGGCUGGUGAAGCUGGAGCUAAAGUCCUCACAUCUUGGCGGCACUACCGGGGCGUGGAGGAUUUCACACUUCACAUAGGCGUGCAGACGCUGUCGGACGAUGUUAACAACUUGGUCCAAAUACAAAGCUUCCGCAGCAAUACCUCCGAUUCUUCCGGCCUCGUUACCAGUUCAGAUCCGACCCUGCUAGACCUACCCAUCGGUGGAUCCGUGCACAUAACCAACUUGUACAUCGAGCCCAUGCAAUGGGAAUACUCACAGAAAGAUGUCCUCUUCCUCCAACUAUUUGUCACGCUCUCCGACUUAAGUACGCGCGAGCUGGUUGUCUGGAGUCGGAGCACCUCGACAGGACAUAUCACCGAGAAUGACUAUGCCGUUGUAGACUUCACGCGGAGCACGAUCAGACGCCCUAGAAACCUCAUCUUUAACUCGAAACCACGCAACAAAGACGACGAUUUCAUAGUGCCUAAUGGAUUGGUCGACAGAGGAUUACCAAGCUCCAAAGUAGGCAGGCAGCAGCCAGAAUUGCGCAGAUCCUCGGACGGUGCUGCCGUGCCGGAAACUCGGGACAAUGCUUCUCUGGGCGAGAUUCUAUCGCAGUCAAAGAGCGCGGCGGAGCAGGUCUCGGGUACCAUCGAUGCGGUGGCCGUCAUGGAUCAGGUGAACGAAAUGCUGGCGACUGGUGCAGACUUGCCACCUUUACCAUUGGGUACUCUGAUGGAGUUUACGCACGCACAGUUCCAUGUUGCAGACAUUGACGAAGCUUCGUCCAACUUUCAAGAGCUGUUCUCUUCGCCAAAUGGUCAAGAUACUGUGGAUGUUCAGCUUAUCGCAGCUAUGCGCGUACUUGGCUUGACCGACGAUGGCGAUCUCACCAUUUCCGACGCAUACGAUAGUAUACUCCAGACGUGGGUUGCGCCUAUGCCACCCGAUAUGCCAAUUCGCGUUCGGCAACGCCAAGAACUUUUGGCUCGGCGAAUCGCUACGGAGUUGAUGUUCUCAAGCACAUGUAUACGUGACGAUCGGAUCCAAGUGCCCGCUGUUAGCAUACAGCGUGGGCAGAGUCAGGACAGUGCCGUAGCCUUACCAAUCCUGCCUGCAAGACCAAAGGAGGCUACCUCCAACUUCACUUCAAGAUAUUCUGCCUCUCAGCCGUUACCGACACCGCCAUACUCAUCUAUACCACCUUCGUCUUUGCCUCCAUCCUCUGUGUAUGGAUCGUCCCCACCCGAGAUACCUUCCAUGGAGCCAGCUUCGUCAGACCCCCUCAGUCGGCUUAGCAAGUAUCUUCAAACUUCCAAAGACCCGGUUAUCAUUCCGCCAAACGUUUCCCAGAGUCUCGCGCAUUGGGAAUUAGGAAAGGAUCCGCGUGUGUACAAUUGGGUCAGUAUGGAGCGUACUCUUCGGGCGGAAGAACUAGAUGAGGAGAGCCAGCAACAACGCGAGAAGGAACGCAAAAAGAAGGAACGUAGGGAAAAGCGCCAACAACGCGAGAACGAGCUCAUGAGGGCUAAAACUGCGAGUCAACUUAACGCAUAUCCGAGAAGCUCUCCAGGGCCAAUGCUGGGUGGUAUGGGUAGUAGCAGUCAGGUACCGAGUCAGAGCCAAAGUCAAAGCCAGAUACCAUUCCAGACUGGUGGCUUCAUGAUGCCAAAAAGUCAAGUAGAGCGGGGCAAGUUUGGAGGAAAGCUAGACAAGAAGAAGAAAAAGAAGGGGAGGAUCAGUGGAUUUUGA